CAGAUAUUUAAAUACUCUGUGUUUAAUUGCUGUCUGCCUUUCUACUGCUUUCAUCAGUAUCAUCACCAGAGGCACCUGUCUGGGGCAGUUCUUUCCUGUUGUCUCACAGGUUUUUUGAGAGUCUCAUUAACACUGACUUGGCCUAAGCUGUGUUUAAGAUGGCAUCCUACCUCACAGCAGUGCCAGUGUUGCUCCUCCUUGCUGCAGUCCCCAUAUGUGAAACUGGACGAGUGCUGGUCUUCCCAGUGGAUGGGAGUCACUGGCUGAACAUGCAGAUACUGGUGGAGGCCCUCCAUUCCAGAGGUCACAACAUCACAGUGUUGCGGUCCUCCACCAGCUGGUAUGUCAAAGAGCACUCACCCUUCUAUACCUCCAUCACCAUUCAGCAAAGGCACCAUGAAUCAAUUGAAAGCCAGGAAUUCAUGACCGCCUUCCUCAAAAGAUCCAUUGAGAUCCAGCGAAAUAAGGGUUCACCUUUUGCUUUCAUUGCAUUCUUCAAAAAUUUCUUUAACUGCAUGGAGCUAAAUCACAUGGCCAUAGGAAAUCUGGCGAACAAUAUAUUCGAGAACAAGACAGUGAUGCAGCAGCUCCAGGAGGCUCAGUAUGAUGUAGUCCUCACUGAUCCCAUAUUUCCACUUGGGGUGAUAUUGGCCCACUAUCUCAAGCUACCCCUUGUCUUAAAUGUGCGCUGGCUGCCCAUUGGAGAGGCCCACUUCGCCUUGGCACCCUCACCGCUUUCUUACAUUCCCCAAGUUCUGUCUCACUACUCUGACAAGAUGAGUUUUUGGCAGAGACUUGGGAAUGUGUUCUACCAGACUGUGUUCUCUUACAUGUAUAAAUUUAUUGUGUACCCACAAUACAGAGGUGUUCUAGAACGUUACUUUGGCCCUGAUGUGGAUUUGCUGACACUUAUCCAGGGUGCUGACAUAUGGCUCAUGCGUAUGGACUUUGUCUUUGAGUUCCCACGUCCAACCAUGCCUAAUGCCGUUUACAUGGGAGGCUUACAAUGCAGGAACCCAAAUCCUCUUCCCCCAGAGCUAACAGACUUUGUACAGAGCUCUGGAGAGCAUGGAAUAGUGAUCAUGUCUUUGGGGACUCUCCUUGGAGAGCUUGACCCUGAGACAUCUGAAAUCAUAGCUUCUGCUUUUGCCCGACUGCCCCAGAAGGUGAUUUGGAGGCACCUCGGAGAUCAACCCUCUACUCUGGGCAACAACACACUGCUGGUGAAAUGGCUUCCGCAGGCUGAUCUUCUAGGGCACCCGAAAACCAGAGCCUUUGUGACACACGGUGGCACAAACGGACUAUAUGAGGCCAUUUGCCACGGUGUACCAGUGUUAGGGCUUCCACUAAUCUUUGACCAGAUUGACAACAUGGUUCGCCUGGAGGCCAGAGGAGCAGCCAAGGCUCUAGAUGUGACAAAUUUGGAUGUGGAGUCUCUGACACAAGCUCUGAAUGAUAUCCUGGAUAACACACAGCCUUAUCGUGAAAAUAUGCAACGACUCUCACGGCUCCACCGUGACAGACCUAUCAAACCUCUAGACAAUGCAAUCUUCUGGAUAGAGUUUGUAAUUAGACAUAAGGGUGCAUCACACUUACGCACAGAGUCCUACAGAAUGCCCUGGUAUGAGUACCAUAACUUGGAUGUGAUUAUGUUCUUAUUAGUUUUAAUUGCUUUGAUGGUUUUCAGUGAUAAUUAAUAGCAAUGUUUGGAUGUGCUUGGUGACAGUCUUUGGUGAGAGUUCACUUGGGUUGUUGGGGGGAUAUGAGCACUGAUCUUGUUGCAUACUCAAUAAGUAGUAUAAUAUUGUCCAACAAUAAGUUAAUAAUGUUGUCUUUAUCUAAAGAAAAUAUUAGGUGGUGCUGGUGUGGAAUGGGAAAUCAUAUUAGUAACGAACAAGAAAUAUAGUUUCAUGAGGUUUCUUCACAUCAUAUAAAUUGAAAUGGAUGUUAGUUUAGCUUCUGAUAACCCAGUGCCUCUGAUAAACCAGAAUUUGAUAUCUCAAUGUGGUUUCAUGUUCUUGUUGGAAGUAUUGGCAGCUAUUAUACAAAAUCUGGAGGUAGAUUGUAGGUCUUCUUGGAAUUUUAUUUUGGUGAGUAUUAAUGUCACAGACAUAUCAAUACUCACCAUGUAAAAACCUUUAUCAUACAUCUAUCACAGGUCACUACAUACAGUAACAUCAUCCAUGCAUGUUACUAGUAUCAAAUAAGGCUGAACUUGAUACUGAAUACUGAAUGUCCUUCUCUGUACAGAUCUGUCUUUCUGUGUUUUUGAUAGUCUGCUGUCGGGUAUCUUAAUCUCAUAUUAGUAAGUCAUAGAUGCAGGGAUGCCCAGGUAAAAAUGUUUUUUUUUCUCAAUGGCACAUUUUUAAAAUAUGAACACGUCUGAUAUAUGUGAGCUGUGCAUUUAAAGCUAUUUAUCCACUGCUUAGCUGAUAAUAUGACAUAUACAUAACUAAUGUAAUGCAUUUGUUACAUUUAUAUUUGCUGAAUUUGUACAAUUAAGCUCGUAUUGUACUGUAUUUCUCAGCGAUUGACUGGAACUUUAUGGAUUUAUGCUUAUGGUAUACUGGAAGUGUAUGUGUUUUUACAUAAUUCGCUAAUUAUCAAUAAAGCUGACUUUUACUCUUAGGUUGGGACUGAAAUGGACUGAAAGGACUCCAACUGGGGCCCUCAAGUCAAUGAUGACACCUGCCCCUUGGUUCUUACCCAACAUGUCCUGUAGGUGGCAGAGGUAUUCUUUCUCAC